GACUGAAUCCCGCCCACCGAGCAGGUUCGGUUGCCUGGCAAUCAGCACUCUGAGCUGCUGGAGGCUGAGUUUAGAUGUUGCAUUGCGGAUUUGUAGCGACUACAAUGUAACACAGGAUGUUGCAAAUGCAAUCAUGUCACUACCGUCUCGAUCCCGUUAACUGCAGGAUGACACGCUUCAAGUUCUGUGAAAAAUAUAUUUGCAUUUAUUUAUACCUUAAACACACUGCGCUGCUGUCUCAGUAGGUCAGCGAUUUUCCUUUCUUUGAAUGAAGGUUGGAUAGCGCACGCUGCACAAAAAUAAUGGCGACUAAUCAAGACGGCUGUAGUGUCAAAGUCGCUUUAAGAAUCCGUCCACAGUCGGCCAAAGAGAAGAUUGAAGGAUGCCAUAUCUGUACAUUGGUUACACCUGGGGAGCCACAAGUCAUCCUGGGGAAAGACAAGGCUUUCACAUAUGACUUUAUGUUUGACAUAGAUGCCAGACAAGAUGAGAUAUAUAAAUCUUGUGUGCACAAACUUGUGGAAGGGUGCUUUGAAGGUUAUAAUGCAACAGUGUUUGCUUAUGGGCAGACUGGUUCUGGGAAGACCUACAGCAUGGGCACAGGGUUUGAUGUGAACAUAACAGUGGAAGAGCAAGGAAUAAUACCGCGAGCAGUCAAGCAUCUUUUUGAAGGAAUUACAGAGCGAAAGCGAGUGGCUCAGGAGCAAGGAAAACAGCCACCAGAGUUUAAAGUGACUGCUCAGUUUCUGGAGCUUUACAAUGAAGAGAUACUGGAUCUAUUUGACAGCACACGUGACCUGGAUUCACGGCAGAGGAAAUCUAACAUUAAAAUUCAUGAAGGUGCCAAUGGAUUGAUUUACACCAGUGGGGUUGUCUCACGUAUUGUGAAUUCAGAACAAGAGAUGAUACAAUGUUUGAAGCUCGGUGCUCUCGCUCGCACCACUGCAAGCACACAGAUGAAUGCGGAGAGUUCCCGUUCCCAUGCUAUAUUUACAAUCCACAUCUGCCAAAUGAGGGUCUGCUCCAGGCAAGAUAUGGUAAAUGGGGAGGUGAAUGGAGUGGCACAUGAAUCACAACCAGUGAAUGAGUAUGAAACACUCAUGGCCAAAUUCCAUUUUGUUGACCUUGCUGGUUCAGAAAGGCUGAAGCGCACUGGAGCAACAGGAGAGCGGGCCAAAGAAGGCAUUUCUAUCAACUGUGGUCUGCUGUCACUGGGAAAUGUCAUCAGUGCAUUGGGAGACCAAAGCAAGAAGAGCCAUCAUGUGCCAUACAGAGACUCCAAGCUGACCAGGCUUCUUCAAGACUCUCUGGGUGGAAACAGUCGAACUGUCAUGAUUGCAUGCAUAAGCCCAUCAGAUCGUGACUUCAUGGAAACUCUGAACACCCUCAAAUACGCAAACCGAGCCCGUAACAUCAAGAACAAAGUUGUGAUUAAUCAAGACAAGACCAGCCAGCAGAUCAAUGCCCUGCGAGCUGAAAUUGUUCGACUUCAGAUGGAGCUGAUGGAGUACAAGACGGGGAAACGAGUCAUUGGUGAAGAUGGUUCUGAAGGUUACAAUGACUUAUGUCAAGAAAAUGCAAUGCUACAGAAAGAAAAUGACACACUGAGAAUGAGAGUAAAAGCCAUGCAAGAAACAAUAGACGCACUAAAUAACAGAGUGACACAGCUCUUGAGUAAUGAAGCUGCCCAGAUAAUAGCCAGCGCAGGAGAUAACAAUGAAGAAAUAGGUGCAUUAAUUCAAAACUACAUCCGAGAAAUACAGGAUCUCAGGACUAAACUGUUGGAGAGUGAAGCAAUGAAUGAGUCUCUCCGGCGCAGUGUCUCUCGACUGACGUCCAGGUCUCCAUAUGCAGCGGGACUGUCUCCUAUGCCUUGUUCACAGAUGUCCAGUCUAGUCAUUUCUCUGGAAUCUGAUACUUCUGAAGUUGUCGAAAUGGCAAAAAAAGACUUAGAGCUGCUUAAGAAAAGGGAAAGGAUACGAAAAAGAAAUAGCCCAGUGAAAGAGAAAAGAAGAGGAACUCUACAGCAGGAGAACUGGGAAGAGACAGAUGACAAUGAAGUGGAAGGGGAGGAGGAGCAUGAAGAAAGUUGCUGUGAAGAAGAGGAAGGUGAAGAUGAUGAAGAAUUUGACAGUGACGGAAGCCUGGAUGAAACCGAUACAGAAUCGGAGGAAAAAGUUAAUUAUCAGGCUGACCUUGCUGACAUAACUUGUGAGAUUGAAAUCAAACAGAAACUCAUUGAUGAACUAGAGAAUAGCCAGCGGCGAUUGCAGAUAUUGAAGCAGCAGUAUGAGGAAAAACUUAUCCUGCUACAGAAUAAGAUCCGGGAUACACAGCUGGAGAGAGACCGUGUUCUCCAAAACCUUGGAUCUAUGGAAUGCAACACAGAAGAGAAAGCCAGCAAGAUUAAAGCAGAUUAUGAGAAGAAAUUGAAGGAAAUGAAUCGAGAGCUCCAGAAGCUGCAGUUAGCACAGAAAGAGCAUGCCCGCCUAUUAAAGAAUCAGACUCGGUAUGAGCGAGAGUUGAGGAAACUACAGAGUGAAGUGGCUGAAAUGAGGAAAACCAAGGUAACUCUCAUGAAAAAGAUGAGGGAGGAUCAGCAGCGAAUGAGGUUGAUUGAGAGCAAGAGAAACCGCGAGAUUGCACAACUGAAAAAGGAACAGAGGCGGCAAGAGUUCCAAAUUAGGGCUUUGGAGUCUCAAAAACGGCAACAAGAAAUUGUACUACGCAGAAAAACACAAGAGGUUAGUGCUCUUCGAAGAUUAGCCAAACCAAUGUCCAACCGAGUCGCUGGGCGUGUAACCCGGAAGCAGAAUGUUCUGGACUCUGGAACAGAGCUUUCGGCCAGUACCACAUCUUCAGAACCAGAAUCUGCCUCCAAAUCCGUAUCCAACAUUGUUAAGCAGUGGAACAGAAAGUUAAACGCAGCCUGGAAUGAGACAGUUUCUGUGGUGAAUGGAACUAGGGCAGCAAGAAAGAUCAAAUACCAGAAAAAAGGAGUUGGUGAGGGUCUCUCUAAGGCAGCUCGGCUAAAAUGGCAGGCACUGGAGUGCAGAAUAACCGACAUUGUGAUGCAGAGAAUGACUAUUUCCAACUUGGAAGCAGAUAUGAAUCGUCUGCUCGGGAAACGAGAGGAAUUAAAUGGCCUGCAUGAAAUGCUACUUGGGAAAAGGGAACGGAUUCUAAAGGAAAAUCCAGAAGAUAAGUCCAUCCAGGAAAUAAAUGAGGAACUUGAGGCCUUAAAUGCGAAUAUCGAUUAUAUUAAUGACAGCAUUUUUGAAUGCCAAGCUACCAUAAUGCAGAUCGAGGAGACCAAGGAUGAAAUUAAUUCAACAGACACUUCUGUUGUCAUUAGUUCGUGUUCCUUGGCUGAAGCACGUCAUCUGCUGGAUCACUUUCUUAAAAUGUCUAUUGACAAGGGCAUGCAGGUGGCUCAAAAAGAGGCACAGAUCAAGCUACUGGAAGGUCGAUUAAAGCAAAUAGAUGUGACAGAUUCUGUUCCAACUCAGCUGAUUAACAUGUUAAGGGAAAAAGCUGAGUCUAUUCCUGAACUACAGACAUUGCUUCAAAGUGUUUCACAAGAAAAUGGAGAGCUCAGCAGUGAUGAGGAAAUAUCUGAGUGCAGCUCAGUGCUAGAUAGCAGUUUAAUAUCCAGUUCUUACUCAAAGCGUUCCCUAAGCCAGGGAGAUUUUAGAAUAAAGACUGAGCAAAAGACCGAGUUUCAGUACUGGGAAGGUUAUGGCUCCGUUGUGGACCUGUCCACUCCAAGUCUAAUAAGAUCAGCUGAUAUAAAGGAGAAUGGCAUCAAGCCAGCUGACGUACUCUCACGAGUUCCAAAGGACAAAGAAUCCAUUGCUCUCCAACCUAGAUCUGGAAACACUUUCCCCAGGCAAUCUGCAAAGAAGCUGCAAGAUACUUCACCACUCUUGAGGAGAAAGUCCUAUGAGAAAGUACAUAUCUCGACCGACAAAUCCAGGACUGAUUGGAGGUCCUCUGAAAUUAAUAUAACUCCUCCCUCCUCUCCUCCUACCCGAGCUCGUAAUGACAGGAAUGUCUUCUCCCGACUCACCAGUACCCAACUUCAGACGUUCCCUGCUCAUGACAAGUCUGAUGACAGUGACUCCUCUCUCUCGGAGGUUCCCAGGGGUGUGAUUAAUCCAGUUGGUGGUGCCAAGGGCAGCAGGACUGCCCCACUUCAAUGCAUUUCUGUUGCUGAAGGGCACUCUAAACCUGUGCUGUGUCUAGAUGCAACCAAUGACCUGCUAUUCACAGGCUCAAAAGAUCGCACUUGUAAAGUGUGGAAUUUGGCCACUGGACAGGAAAUCAGUACCCUGAAAGGGCAUCCGAACAAUGUGGUCUCUGUCAAGUACUGCAGUUACUCCAGCCUUGUGUUUACAGUCUCCACAUCGUACAUCAAGGUUUGGGACAUCCGAGAGAGCCCCAAAUGCAUCAGGACACUAACUUCCUCUGGUCAGGUGAUUUCAGGUGAUGCUUGUGCCAGCACAGCCAGUCGCACUGUGAGUAUUGCACAAGGUGAGCACCAGAUCAAUCAGAUUGCACUGAAUCCUGCUGGCACACUCCUCUAUGCUGCUACUGGCAACUCUGUUCGGAUCUGGGAUCUUAAGAAAAUUCAACCUGUUGGGAAACUCACAGGCCACAUUGGUCCAGUGAUGUGCCUCACAGUGGAGAGAAUGGCAACAAAACAUGACCUGAUCAUCACUGGAUCCAAAGAUCACUAUGUGAAGAAGUUUGAAAUUGCUGAAAACACUCUCGGAAAUGUUGGUCCUACUCAUAAUUUUGAGCCUCCACACUAUGAUGGAAUUGAAUCUCUGGCAAUCCAUGCAGAUAUCCUAUUUAGUGGAUCUAGAGACAAUGGAAUUAAAAAAUGGGACCUGGAACGGCAGGAGCAAAUACAGCAAAUUCCUAACGCUCACAAGGAUUGGGUAUGUGCUUUGGCAUUUGUACCUGGUCGCGAUCUAUUGCUGAGUGGUUGCCGAGGAGGAAUGCUUAAAGUUUGGAACAUAGACAACUUUACGCCAUUGGGAGAGAUCAGAGGCCAUGACAGUCCUAUUAAUGCCAUCUGCACAAACUCCAGCAGGAUUUUCACCGCUUCAAGCGACUGCACAGUAAAAACUUGGAACUCAAAAGGAUUAACAAAUGGGCACAUGUUGAACAUUAGAGACAUUAGUCAAGAAUUGUCUGACAGCAUCUAAUUGUAUUUAAUUCAACAAACUAUUUAAAGCAGAAUAAUGAUGGUUUGGAAUGAAACGAAAGCCAUGCUAACAAGGAUUUCUGAGCUGAAGAAGAAAAGCAAUUUUUUCCCUGUUGUGAACUGAUGUGCAGCAUGAAAAGACAGCAAGCAAUAAUUCUGCAAGUAUCUUAUUUGAAAUGCAAUUCUCAACAGCACUAACAGUGAUGUCCUUGUAACAAUAAAAAUAUUGGACUGCACUCAGGCUUUGUGAGUCAGACCAAACCAUAUGUAGGUUUAAGAGUGCAGUUAUCUUUUACACAGACAUUGCUCCUUGAAGAUUUAUGCUGCUUUUAUUAUACUGCAAAUCAUAACUACUCCCCUUGAACUUACCCUCCAAUUCCAUUUACCUCCAAUUUAGCACAACAGUAUAAAUGGAAGAAAAUAACUUCCAUCAAAGAGUACUAGAUGUAUUAUAUUGUGUUUGGAUGUAAAAGUCUGCCAUAAGUGAAGAACGUGAAAAACUUGGCCCUUGGCUUCACCAGUUUUGACUACUAAUGAUUUAGUGAUCUUAUUAGAGGAAAAACAACUAUUCAAGGGUUGCAUGAUAGUGCUGUCAUCUUGUGAUUGUGUUGCUUAGAUGUUGCAGCUCAUCACUGAUUCCUUGCAGACAUGGAAACAUAGAAAAUAGGGGCAGGAGUAAGUCAUUUUGCCCUACGGUGGACAAGGACAGCAAGGUCCCUUUGUACAUCAACAUUUCCCACUCAGCCACCAUUUAAAUAAUACUCUGCCAUUCUGUUUUUCCUACCAAAGUGGAUAACUUCACGCUUAUCCACAUUAUA